AUGCACAUACGCACACUUAUAACGUCACAGGGUUGGGGCCGGUUGGACUCGAAGGCUAAGUUUUCAGCAUGGAAAAUCGGACGAAAGAGCCGAACCGAGAGGAUCAGGGGAGACCGACGGCGAAAACAGCACCGCACCGUUGACGUCCCUCCUUUGUUUCGCGUUCCCAGAAGACCGCACUCACCAGCCAAGGUCACUGCUGCCUCAGCGUCGAUGGUCAUCAUGCCGGACACCGGCUCGUCGCUACGCCUCUUUACUCUACUAGCCGUCAUCUCGGCCGUCGUGGCCAUUUCCAAGAGGGACUUCUACCCUUUCGGCACCGCCUCCUCUGGCGACAGCGAGCUGCCUUCAUACGAUGACGUCAGCAGCCCAGAGAUUCACUUCCCGACGUCGGUGCGCUUUCUCGAAGGCAGCUAUGACUACGGUUUCGUCAACCAGAACGGCUUCGUUUCGUUCGAAAGCGAGUUACCGUACUUUUCCAGUCGAAACCUGAACGAAUACGCGUAUCCGAUCAUUGCGGUCUUCCUCAGCGACGUGGACCCUCGCGGCAUCACCUCUGCUGAAGAUGGGGGUCGUGUCUUUUACAGAUCCCAGGACAUCUUUCUUUUCGUGGACAAGUUCAUUAUUAACUCCUAUGGCAUUCCUGCCGUCAGAGACAAUUUGAUCUUCCGAUGCCUCAGUCAUUCAGCCAUUACUGGAUUUGCUGGUUGA